GCGGAGUCGAUGGGGAGGGAGAGGCGGAGGCGGGUCCGGACUGAAUAGAGCAAAGCCUAUACAGGACUCCUAGAAAAUCUCUCUAAGACAGGACAAAUGAGGAGCUAUGACGAGUGAAAACCAUAGUACCAUAAAGGGAGACUCGGGCAUGAUCAUGUCCCCAACUGGGUCCUCAGCCCAAGCACCACCCCUCACGCCCUCCACCAGCAAAGCCAUCCAGGACCUGCCAGACGAGCUGGUUCAGGCUGGAUGGGCAAAAUGCUGGAGCAAGAGGGAGAAUCGGCCAUACUAUUUUAAUCGUUUUACCAACCAGUCGUUGUGGGAGAUGCCGGUCCUGGGGCAGCAUGAUGUUAUUUCUGAUCCACUGGGCCUCAACGCAGCUCCUGCCUCAGGUGAUGGCGCAGCGGAGGCUGGACUGGGCAAUGGACAACGUAAGAGACGCCCCUCAGAGGAUACCUCCUCAGGGGGUCCUAACAGCUUCAAGAGGCCAAAGGUUGAGAUUCCUGUAACUCCAACCACCCCCACAAUCCCGAUAUCACCAAGCACUCCUGGCGCAAAGCCCUGGAACUCCACCUUAGACGAAAAACAAGCCCAACCUAGCACCCCUGCUCCUGCUCCAGCCCCAUACCGGCCCUCUGUAAUCUACUGGGAUCUGGACAUUCAGACCAACGCAGUAAUUAAGGAGCGGGCUCCAUUCAACUACCUCCCUCCUCAUCCGGAGAUUGAGCUACAGCGUGCCCAGCUCACCACCAAACUCCGCCAGCACUACCAUGAGCUGUGUUACCAGCGUGAAGGGAUUGAGCCGCCCCGGGAGUCAUUCAACCGCUGGCUGUUGGAGAGGAAGGUGAUUGAUAAAGGAGUGGACCCCCUGCUGCCCAGCGAGUGUGAGCCCGUCAUCUCUCCCUCCAUGUUCAGAGAGGUCAUGAAUGACAUCCCCAUCAGGCUCUCGCGCAUUAAAUACAAGGAGGAGGCCAGAAAGCUGUUAUUUAAGUAUGCAGAGGCAGCCAAGAAAAUGAUUGAUUCCAGAAACGCCACACCCGACAGUAGGAAAGUUGUAAAGUGGAACGUUGAAGAUACAAUGAACUGGCUCAGGAGAGACCACUCUGCCAGUAAAGAAGACUACAUGGAUCGUCUGGAGCACUUGCGGAAGCAGUGUGGUCCUCAUGUGACGGCUGUAGCUAAGGACUCUGUGGAGGGGAUUUGCACUAAAAUCUACCACAUCUCAGCCGAGUACGUGCGCCGAAUCCGUCAGGCCCACCUCAACCUGCUGAAAGAGUGUAACAUCACAGUGGACGGGGCAGAGACUGCAGAAGUGCAGAACCGGUUGGUGUAUUGCUAUCCAGUUCGACUGUCCAUUCCGUCGCCCCCGCAGCCCCGUGUUGAGCUCCACUUCGAGAACGAUAUCGCCUGUCUGCGCUACAAAGGAGAAAUGGUGAAGGUCAACCGUGGCCACUUCAAUAAACUGGAGCUCCUUUACCGGUACAGCUGUAUCGAUGAUCCAAGGUUUGAGAAGUUUCUGUCACGUGUGUGGUGCCUUAUAAAGAGAUACCAGGUGAUGUUUGGGUCUGGCGUAAAUGAAGGCAGUGGCCUACAGGGAGCACUUCCUGUGCCAGUGUUCGAAGCGCUCAACAAACAGUUUGGAGUCAGUUUCGAGUGUUUUGCCUCACCGCUCAACUGCUACUUCAAGCAGUUCUGCUCAGCCUUUCCUGACAUUGAUGGUUUCUUUGGCUCUCGAGGGCCAUUUCUAAGCUUUUCACCUGUCAGUGGAUCAUUUGAAGCCAAUCCUCCAUUCUGCGAGGAGUUCAUGGAUGCCAUGGUCACACAUUUUGAAGAGCUUCUAGAGAACUCUAGUGAGCCUCUUUCUUUCAUUAUCUUUGUUCCCGAAUGGCGUGACCCUCUGACCCCAGCACUGAUACGGAUGGAGACGAGUCGCUUCCGCAGGCACCAAAUGUCAGUGCCAGCCUUUGAGCACGAAUACCGCAGUGGCUCUCAGCAUAUCUGCAAAAGAGAGGAGAUGUACUAUAAAGCCAUCCACGGAACAGCAGUCAUCUUCCUGCAGAACAACGCCGGCUUUGCUAAAUGGGAACCAACCAGCGAUCGGAUUCAGGAGCUGCUUUCUGCGUACAAGAUCUCGGGACGCUCGCUGUCCUCUCCUGGACCUUCUUCCUCCAGUAGUGGAGAUAAAGACUCCAAACCAAGCUAUGAGCGCUCUGCGAGCCUGGAAGCCCCUGGAGGCCAAGAAAGUAGCAGCCCUGCACCUGAAACAUCAAACAUUUAAGUGUGUGUGUGUGUGUGUGUGUGUGUGUGUGUGAGAGAGAGAGAGAGAGAGAGAGAAAAAGAGAGAGACUGACUGUCUGCAUGUUAAGUCAGUUCAUGAGAGAGAAUGAGGAGAGAGAGAGAGAAAGAGAAAAGGUUCAUUUGCUUUUCUCAGUCUCUAAUAUUUAAAGAAAUAUUAUGGGUUUAUUAUUAAUGUUGUCAUAGUUGUUGAGGUUUUUUGUUUUGUUUUUUUUUUACACUGAUGAUGUGAUUAUUUGGUCACUAAUUGUGUUUCGUUCUUGCUGUUGUCAUUUGAGACGUGAUAAUUCUACUUGGGUCCUGUUUUCUUUUGGCCUUUUUAACUUGUCUGUCAGGUUGAGAAGUGAAAAAUGGACGAUAUUGUCUCUGUUGUGCUUUUCUUGUUCAAGUCUUUUUACUUGUAUGGCAAAAGGAAGGGAGAUGAAUCCAUGAGUGGGCAGCUACGUUCAUAAGCCCCUAACACUAUACAUUACAGAGUAGUAGUAGGCCUUGUGCAUUCAGAUUAGCUGUGCUAGAGCCAGUUUAUUUUGUUCUGUAGACUCCUUGAAGUAACCCAUGCUAGCCUUAGUGGUCCCUCUUCUGGAACAAAGCACUGACGAUGACAAAAACUCACCUGGGAGUUUGUUCGAAGCGGUUCCUUUUAGGUGGGGUUCAAGAUACGAAGGAGUAAAACGGAUAAAAAGAAAAUAAGGACAGUUUUGCAUUGUUUUCCCAGCUGGAACCUGUCAAAUACUCAUCAAUUGGUUUUAACACGUUAUAGUUUCCACUCUUAGUUUACUUGUUCUUAAACCGUGCACAGAGGAUAAAGAUGAAUCCUUUGUUUACUCGUGUGUAGGAAAAUACUGUUUUGUUACUCUUUGAGGUGUACAGUACGUGCUUUCUGGAAGGUUUGGUAGCAUCGACAGUUUUUUUUUUUUUUUUUUUUUUUUUUUUUGCUGACGUUUCCCCCACUUGUGAGAGGAUUAUAACUUCCUUCCUUCAUUAUUCAAUCCUUUUAUUUAGCGUAAGUCUCGGUAAAGAUCGCAAGAGAAAGCAAUAGGUAAACCUAAAAGCUUACACGUGAUGUGUAUAUAUGAUUAUUGCAUUUCAGCAAUACUAACUGUCCAUCCAUCGUAUAGAAUUGGUCCUGCUGUCUUAAUUUCAGCCUUAGAACUAAUAUUACGAAAAUGCCUUGGGUUUUUAAUUUUCUUUCUGUGACGUUACAAAUAUGUUUGUAAUUGUGUGUUUACUCCAGAACGAGAUUGAACCUGAUCACUGGGCAGCAUAAUGAAUGUAAAUUAAAUUUUUUUUUUUUUUUUUUUUUUUUUUUUUUAAAGAACAGAAAAAGGAUCAAAGACUUGAUCCUAAGAUAUUUCCCCCCCUCUAUUUCUGUGAGUAGACCAAGGAUAAGUCUUCUCUACUCCCAACAUUCUUGUUAAAUCGAUCAAAUUUUAUGUUGGAAUCCGCUUCGUUGCAAUUAGUAACGUGAUCGAAUUUAUACGCCUCCUUAUAUACGGUCUCUUAAUUUCUCUAUUGGAUUUUCUCACCUCUCUAUGUACAUACCCGUUUUAUUUUUAAAAGUAAUGAAUUGUAAACACUUCAGGCUUAAUGCUUGAUGGAUGGCUCAUGCACUCUUGCCAUUAUAGCAGUACAGAAUUUUUGGCAGUUUGUAGAUCAUUGCUAACAUUUCACUCCCCGAAGGUAGUAUCUCACCUUUUAUGAAGUCUUUAUCUGGCUUUCUCAUUCCUGGGGUGUUUCCCAUCACCAGCAAAACUGUAGAUAUUGUACAGAAAAGCAUUAUGAAGUAUGAUUUUUUUUUCCCCUGCUACAGUUGUAGUGAGCUCUUUUGAAAAAGAAAAUAUUCUACAUGUCUUUUCUCCCCCAUGCUUUUUGUUUUCUUUUAAUUAAACAAAUCUGUUUAUGAAUGAUACAAUUUAUUAAAUAGAAGUCAUUUUAAACUAAACCAAAGUGAUAACUGAAGAGGAGAAAUCUAUCUUGUAUGUAAUAGUAGAACUGUGUUACGAACAGUACUGCAUAGUGUAACCAGCAAAAACGAUUUGUUAUUUUUAUAUUUCACAGUUGUACGUGUUGCGUUUAGGUUCUUUUCGCUCAUUCCCAUUUGUCACAAUCAUAAAAGAGAGAAUUAAAUGUAUAGUGCUUA